CGAGCGGAGGCCGAGCGCGCCCCUUCCCGUCGCGCGAUGCUGCCCUGGACGGCGCUCAGCCUGGCCCUGAGCCUGCGGCUGGCGCUGGCGCGGAGCGGCGUCGAACGUGGCCCCCCAGCAUCGGCCCCCCAGGGGGACCUGCUGUUUCUGUUGGACAGCUCGGCCAGCGUGUCUCAUUAUGAGUUCUCCCGAGUUCGGGAGUUUGUGGGGCAGCUGGUGGGCCUGCUGCCCCUGGGUCCUGGGGCUCUGCGUGCCAGCCUGGUGCAUGUGGGCAGCCGCCCGCACACCGAGUUCCCCUUCGGCCAGCACAGCUCAGGCGAGGCUGUCCGGGACGCCGUACAUGCUGCAGCCCAGCGCAUGGGUGACACCAACGCUGGCCUGGCGCUGGCUUACGCCAAGGAGCAGCUGUUUGCGGAGGUGGCGGGGGCCCGGCCAGGGGUGCCCAAGGUGCUGGUGUGGGUGACAGACGGCGGCUCCAGCGACCCCGUGGGACCCCCCAUGCAGGAGCUGAAGGCCCGGGGUGUCACUGUCUUCAUCGUCAGUACUGGCCAGGGCAACCUCCUGGAGCUGUCUGCUGCCGCCUCGGCCCCCGCGGAGAAGCACCUACACUUUGUGGAUGUGGACGACCUGCACAUCAUUGCCCAGGAGCUGAGGGGAUCCAUUCUGGACGCGAUGCGGCCACAGCAACUCCGUGCCUCUGAGGUCACGUCCAGCGGCUUCCGCCUGGCCUGGCCGCCCCUGCUGACCGCAGACUCUGGCUACUACGUGUUGGAGCUGACGCCCAGCGCCGAGCCAGGGACCGUGCGUCGCCAGCAGCUGCCGGGGAACGCCACGGGCUGGGCCUGGGUCAACCUCGACCCUGACACCGACUACGAGGUGGCGCUGGUGCCCGAGUCCAACGUUCACCUCGUGAGGCCGCAGCACCUGCGGGUGCACACGCUGCCGGGUGAGCGGGGCGCGGAGGGCGUUUCGGCCGCCCCUCGACGGCCCGCCCCCAAAGCCAGUUUGGGCAAUCCUGGCGACGAUGCCGGUGACGUCACGGUAACCGCGGCCAGUCAGGAGGCCGCACGGUACGCGGCCCUCACGCGCUUCCGUCGCCUGGGAGGAAGAGGCGUUGUCGCGCCUGCGCAGGACCUCUGA